GGUUUGGGUUUACUUCAGACCCUCCUAGCCAGCGCGUGCCGUUAUCAUCACGCACCAAAAUGGCCGCGCAGCUGCUAGGUCGUGCUUUUGAGAAGUACUUCUACGACUUUAGCCUCUAUGACACCUACUUCAACAAGUUCAUCAAGAGCCGGGGCCAGUACAUUGCCCUGCGCCACGUUGCCUUCGUGAUGGUGGGCGUGAACCUGCUCAUCGACGUGAACUUCCCGUUCAACCCACCCUUCCCCACCAUCGGCAUGUGCCCCUCCGGGUGGAAGGGCACCUGGGUGUGCGAGACGGACAAGCACAAGGCUCUGGAGAUGUACAAGGAGUGGAAGUCGGGCAAGAAGGCCGUGGAGGCUCACCACUAAGAGCGCGGCUCGUGCAGCUAGCUGCGGCAGCGGCGGUGGAGGCGUCCAUGGCAGCCCGUCGGUGUCGUGUCCGAAGGGCACGGCGCCUCAGGCAGUUUCCGCGCCAGUCAUUGGGUUGUGGCCCUCAGCUUGCGCUUCAACGUAGCUGUAUAAAAGUGCAGCAUAGGAAGGCAUUGCUGCAUGACAGGCGCUGCUUUGGAGCCUAACGCCGCUGCUCGUGCUGCUGGCUAUUGGCUUGGCAACGUGAGAUACGUCGGGCUGGGGUUGGUGCGGUGAAGGGGUCCGUGGAGCGGCAUGGCAGCUGUGCUGACCCAGAUCGGAAGCUUUGCUGCUCGUGUCCGCUGGGCGGCAUCUAGAGAGUAGAUGAGCGGGAGUUUCCUGGCCUCAUUGUGCGGCAUGGAGACGUUUUGCCCCAGCUGACCUGGAGCGCAUUUCGGAUCGGGUCUGGGUGAUGGAGGCCGAAUGUUGGCCUUCGUGCUUGGUCCGAGGUAUUGUGUCGUUUGUAAGUCUCUGGGAGUUUACGCCUUGUCUUCCGACUGGAGUGUUGGCCGGCUACAGCCAGGCUUCAACUCAGCUUGGGUAAUCAACUAUCAGAAGGAGGUGCGCUAGCAGCGCAAGGAAGUCGGCAUACCCUACUGGUACGCCAUGCGCUGCCGUUUUACAGACGGCUAGUCCGCAUAUAAAAUAAAGACAUGCAACAGUCUUGGGUCG